AUGAGCAACGCAGAGGAGCAUUUCAGAAUAAGGAUAAGAGAGGCUCUACCUAGCCUUGCUACAGCCACGCGAUCCAUCCACGGCGACGACGUGCUCAACUUUGUGGACGAUGUAGCUCCGCCGAUUCACGUUGCGGCGACAUAUCGCUACCCCCGAGACCCAGAUCUUAUGCGCGAGCACCAUGAGAGGCCUUCGUAUCCUGUUUUGGAUGUUGGGGAGCACUGCUACUCUAGGCAGUCUACACCAGGGUCUUCGCGCCUCGAGGCAGUCCUAGCAUCCAUCUUGGGACAGCCAUGCAUUACUUACUCAUCGGGUCUUGCUGCCUUCCAUGCCCUUCUAAGUAUGUUGGGACCCAAAAAGGUCUCUAUUGGUGCCGGCUACCACGGAUGCCAUGGCACCCUCGAGCUUUAUGCCCGGGCAUCCGGCACCAAGAUAGUGUCACUUGACUGUGCCGUUGAAGAACUCGGUCCUGGUGAUUUGAUUCACCUCGAAACACCUGUGAAUCCGACAGGACACGCCUUCAAUGUUCAAUACUACGCAGACCGGGCCCAUUCGCGUGGUGCUUAUCUUAGCGUGGAUUCCACAUUCGCACCACCUCCAUUGCAAGACCCCUUCCUACAUGGUGCGGACAUGGUCAUGCAUUCAGGGACGAAGUAUAUUGGUGGUCAUUCCGACUUUCUGUGCGGUAUCCUGGCCGUCAAAAACAGUAGCAUCGGUAAAGCGUGGCUGCAGGGGCUCCAUCGAGACAGACUCUAUCUCGGGUCCAUCAUGGCGGGCUUCGACAGCUGGCUUGCAACGAGGAGCAUCCGCACUCUCGAGAUGAGGGUUGUGAAGCAAAGUCAGUCAGCGGAAACCAUAGUUCGCACGCUCCAUGCUGCAUUGACAGGCAGUCCGCAACUCGCACGCUCAAAGGCCUUCAGUGAUGAGGCAGCUCACAUUGUCCAAAAGGUGGUGAAACAGAUUCACCAUGCCAGCAUUCAAGAUGAGGCUAAUAUUGAAGGAAGCUGGCUGCGGAAGCAGAUGUCACGCGGCUAUGGGCCGGUCUUUGCGCUGACGCUUCAUGAGGUCCGCUAUGCAAGGAACCUUCCGUCCAAAUUGCUCCUCUUCCAUCACGCAACCAGCCUAGGGGGCGUAGAGAGUUUGAUCGAGUGGAGGACAAUGACCGAUUCGACGGUGACAAAGGAUUUCAUGAGAGUCAGUAUUGGUGUGGAGAGCCCUGAAGACCUCUUGGCGGAUCUGCUUCAGGGGCUGAGAGCUGUUGCAGAAACGACUAGCUGA